UGGUUAAAAUGAAGUUAACUUCGACGUUAUUGCUGCUGGUCGCUGGCAGUUUCUGCCUCUUCCAUGGAUGUACAGCCGGUGUGGUUGCUGUACCAGAGGAUGUGGUGGAUGACUGGAAGGCUGACGAUCACAUGUCAGAACAGAUCAAUACAUUAUUUGAACGCAACUUUUAUGUAGAGCCAAUCAAAGAAGAUGCAUCCCAAGCCAUAAUGCCUGCUGAAGUUGAAGAAGAUUACGUUGAACCAGAACCAAUCAGUGAGGUGGAAGAUGAGUUAGUACAACCCGAGGUCGAUGUAAAUGGAAAGAUAGAAGGACGUGCAAGUGAAUGUAAAGUGACAAUCCGUGGUGGUCUGCCUACUCCUCAGCCUCUUUACUUGAAGAGCGGCUCCGAAGAAAUCUAUCCAUAUGACACCAAGGGUGUAAUGGUUGUUGACGCAGGCAGCACCCUAGAGAUGUGGUGCCCUGGCAAAUUUACCACACUCGAUACGACUCUCGUUACUGCUACCUGCGUUAGUGGCACUAACUUCAGAGUGGAUGGUACCACCUACGCUUUUAAGGAAUUGACCUGCAAAGCUUGGCCGACUUUUGUUGCGGAAAAGACAGGCGCUUCGUGCAAUGGUGGCAUUAUGGUACGCGUUGGCUUCAAAAUUUCGUCUAGUCGUUUCGCCCAGCAAUAUGAAGUUUGCUUCAAUGAAGGCGAGGAAGUCACACGUUAUGUGCAUCACGAUUUGAAUCCCGGCGCCAAUUACUACCAGACAGGUGUGGACCGUAUCACCUUCCAGACUGGUGGUUUCUUCGAUGGCAAGAGUGUCGAUAAACUGUACACUCAAGCCACUCAGCUGGCGACCAUCAACGAACAUUUGGGCGGUGAUGCCAGUAAAUACUUUGACUCUGCCAAGAACGUUUACUUAGCACGUGGUCAUAUGGCCGCCAAAGCUGAUUUUGAUUAUGGCCUCGAACAACGCGCCACUUUCCUCUUCAUUAACGCCGCUCCACAGUGGCAGGUCUUCAAUGCCGGCAAUUGGGCUCGUAUCGAAGAUGGUGUACGUGCAAAGGUUUCCUCUGCAGGUUGGUAUGUCGAUUGCUACACUGGUGUUUACGGAGUGACCACUCUGCCCAACAGCGACGGUGUGCAAACCCCACUAUACUUGGCCUAUGAUAGUAACAAUAACGGACUAAUCCCCGUACCCAAACUGUAUUUCCGUGUUGUGAUUGAGAAAACUAGCAAGAAGGGUAUUGUUUUCAUUGGAGUAAAUAAUCCGCAUUUGACAUUGGAUGAGAUCAAGAAGGACUAUAUCCUUUGCACUGAUAUAGCCGACCAGGUUAACUAUGUUAGCUGGAAACGUACGGAUCUCACUGCUGGAUAUUCUUAUGCUUGCGAGGUCUCUGAUUUCAGAAGUAAAGUAACCAAUCUGCCAAAUCUUUCGGCCACCGGCGGUUUGUUGUUGUAAAUAUGAAUUGGAAUAUUAUAAAUAAAAUU